CGCAGAAGCCACAGAGAGAGAAGAGAGAGAUGGCGCUGCCUGUUGAUACGUCCCAGACCGAUGCCUUGAACCUGCAGGUGCUGCAGCGCCAGGACAACCAGAUCAGCGAACUCGUGGGCACGGCCAGCCACGUCGUCGUCUACGAGUUCGACCAGGCCGACCAGUCGUGGAAGCGCAAGGAGGUCGAGGGCUCGCUCUUCGUCGUCAAGCGGUACUCGGCGCCCCGCUUCCAAGUGUUCGUCAACAAUCGCCUCAGCACGGUCAACCUCGCGAUUGGCGUCGACGCCACCUUGAACGUGGACAACGUGGACGAGUUUCUGAUCAUUCGCUGCGUGGACACCACGUCGCCGAGCGGCUUCAAGAUUUAUGGCAUUUGGUUCUUCCCGGAAGAAGACCGGCAGAAGACGCUCAAGCUCCUCGAGCGCAUUCUGGCGUCGAUCAAGAGUGGCGGCCCUCUGACGCCAACGCCCCGCCAACAGCCGCAGCAGCAGCAACAGCCGCAGCAGCAGCGACCGCAGCCCCUGCAGCAGUCCGCCGCGGUCCAAGAACCCGCUCCCGCAAAGAAGUCGUUCGGCCCGAUUGGGUCCCCAAAGCGGGCAGCGAACAAGGUGUUCAGCAAGGCCGAAGGCAUCGCCGCGGGCGAAGCCAUUCUCGGCAUGAUCUCCCAAAACACGCGGACGGAGGAUGCGCAGAGCAACGUGGAGGCGACGACGCCGCCGUCCAACGCCGGGCGCCGCAGCCGCCGCAAGGACCGGACGCUCAACAAGGACCAGUUCAAGGACGCGCUCGUCACGUGUCUCGAGGACCCUGCGUUUCUAGACCAGAUCUACCAAGCGUACGCGAAGAAGCAAUAAGCCAUUUGGCAGCUCCUCCU